AGAUGAUCUCGACGAGACGAUAUUCAGGCGGAUCUCAACCUACGAUCAUGGAAAGGCUCACCAGCGACUUUCUCACAAACGAGUAAUGGGGACAGCGCAGUGGUUCUUGGAUCAUCCCGAUUUCCAGGCAUGGUUGGUGGAGAAGAGAUUCUCGACACUGUGGUGCUCCGGGAAAAGACGGCGGCUAUCGAUGCAGCCAAAUAUCGAUCGUCAAAACACGCCGCCUCAACGGCCUAUUUCUAUUGUGAGAGCGACCGACUGGACGAGCUCAAUGGGCUCUACAUUCUUUCUAGUCUGAUCAAACAACUAUGCGAGUAUCUCCGUGCUAAAUACAGACGCUGCCCCGACAAUGUGGUAGAUGCACUGAAUCACUUCUUUGGGAAGAAGCGAAUUGUUCCCGACUUUGAUGAUUUGAAGGAAAUUUUCAUCCAGUUAUUCCACCUCAUUCCAGACACGGUGUAUAUCAUUGACGGACUCGAUGCAUUGAGUCCAGAACAGAGUAAAGACCUCUUUGAGCUCUUCAGGUCCUUGUUCUGCGGUUCUGGAUCUUCGCCGGAGUCGCGGUUGCUCGUUUUCAGCCGAGAGCAACUGCCUGGCUACACAGGCAUUCCCCUGUUCAUGGCUGGGGUUUGUCAAAUUUCGACUACGUCCAACGUGAUGCCAGAUCUUCAAACGUACAUUGAUACGAGUGUCACCGAUAAACUGAUGAGCCGGAGGCUCACGGACGAUUUAGCCCUGUUGGACGAAGUCAAGCGGGUCCUCCUGGAAGAAUCAUCUGGAAUGUUUCUUUGGGUCUAUCUGCAGUUGGAGAUUCUGUGGCAAGACUGUUUCACGGACAAUCGUAUUCGAUCAGCGCUGCAAGAUCUUCCGAAAGAUCUGGAGGAGACAUACCAUCGCUGUCUUCAAAGAAUGACCUUUUCCAAUCCUUACACAUUGCGCGCCAUCCAAUGGGUGAGUUUUGCUGCAAGACCACUUCAUAUCGACGAAUUGAAAGAGGCCGUCGCCUUCGAUCUAGAUGACACGGGAUGGGACGCCGGAAAGAUCCCCCAAGCAGAUGUGGUGAUUGGGUGCGGUGCGAAUCUCGUUGCUGUCGACCCUUCUGAUCAAUGUGUUCGCUUUGCGCAUUCUUCCAUCAAGACAUAUCUGCAGAAGAAUUCAGUAAGGUUAAUUCCUGGGUACCCAGAAUCCGAUAAACAGGGCGAGCUCCAAUGCGGAGAAUUCUGCGUUGCGUAUCUGUCAUUCUCUAACUUCAACCUCGAAUUGGUGAAGCCAGCAAACGAGACAGAACUGGUAAAACUGCCGGAUGCCAAACUGCUCGCUGGCGAUGCCUUGGCAUCUCCCUUGGUUAGAUUUUUCUGGGGACUAGGUGCAAGCCCCAAACAAUCCACUCAAGUACAGUUUCGACGGAUUCGAUCAGCGACUAUCCCAGAUCGUUCACGGUACAAAUUUCUGGACUACGCAGUCACUCAGUGGGCCUUGCAAACCAAAGGAAUAACUUCCACAUCUUCAGUUUGGGAUAAAUUCCAACAACUCUCGUUGAGUUUCAACGACACCUGGAAUUUCCACCCUUGGGUGGUCGGCGGUCGCUCACAAACAUCACGCCUACAUGGCCUCUUCGGAUGGGCCGUUAAGGAAGCGCACAUUCCGCUGUUGGAGUUGGCACUCAGUUCCGACCGAGACAUACGGGAGAUCUGUAACCUCCCGUUGGUCGAUGAGCGGCUUCCUGCACUUCAUGUCGCCUCAAAACUGGGGCUUGCGGACGUCGUCGAUCUCCUUCUACCUAUUUGCGAAUUGAACUUGCAAGACGAAGAAGGAUAUACUGCCUUACACCAUGCAGCUAUUAAGGGGCAUAAAGGUAUUGUAGCCAUGCUUCUAUACUCAGGAAGCACCAAAAUAGAUAUCCCGUCAAAGACCCGAGUUACACCACUUUGGCUAGCUGCCAACCAUGGCCACUGCGACCUCGUGCGGGUUCUGACUGAGAGACAAGCGAAUCUUGAAGCCAGAGAAGGUUCCUCACAACGAACGCCUCUUUCACAGGCUGCUAGCAAUGGCCAUCAAGAUGUUGUCAACUUUCUUGUGAAAAAGGGAGCGAAUCUGGAAGCAAAGGACGCUGGUGGUUGGACACCUUUAUCCUGGGCCGUCAUGAAUGAACAUCUGGACACGAUCGAGCUGUUACUUGAGAGAGGCGCCAACUCUGCUUGUAAAUUUGCGAACAAAGGGAAGUUGCUGCUAUGGGCAGCGCAGACGGGACAUGCUGCUAUCACAAGCUUACUAGCUGCGAAUCCCGAGACGGAUCUGAACACUACCGAUGACAACGGGCCAACAGCGUUAUGGUGGGCUAUCCGGAAUCAGCACUUGGAGAUCGCGAAGAUUCUUCUUGAACGCGGGGCAAAUCGGGAGACCAGAGAUGCUGACGGCCAGACGCCUCUACUGUGGGCAGCAAAAAAUAGGCACGAGGCACUGACUCAAUUACUGCUCGAAGAAGGCGCGGCUAUCUCUGCACAAGAUAAACACGAGAGAACAGCGGUUUUCUGGGCUGUCGAGUAUAGCCACGAGGAAUUGGUUAAGUCACUGCUAGACCGGAUCGGAGACCACAAGGGAAUGAACCAGUUACUCGACUUUAUUGCCUUGCAGCCUGUACCAACGCGAACUGACCCAGAGGAUUUAUCAUUCCUCGACAGAGAUGAGGGCGUUGAGGAUAAGACGCCGUUACUGUCGGCACUAAGAAAAAGCUUCGAGUUACUGGCUCAACAGUAUAUGGAGCGCAACACCACCGUGGACCAAGAACGUCUUCCCAGACAGGCAACUUCGAUGUGGUCCACAGCGGACGGGCAAAAGACUCUACUCGAGCUGCUCCUUGGAGAGAGUGAAGAGGCCGUCAAGUUGUCGAACCUGUCCCUCCUAGAAGCUGCAAAGAAGGGCAAUGCGCACUCCGCAUCGCUGCUGCUUGAUGGGGGCGCUGAUAUCCACACGAGAACCCAUUACGGGGAGACACCACUAUGGUGGGCUGCAAGAAAUGGGCAUGCGGCGCUUGUAGAACUUUUGCACGACAGGGGUGGAGAGAUCGAAUCUAAGGAUAAGUUUGGCCUCACUCCAUUAGCUUGGGCAGUUGAGAAUCGACACACCCCAGUUGUCAAACUACUGGUUGGCUGGGGCGCUAAUGUUUGGGCUUCCGACAAGUCUGGCCAGACUCCGUUUUCUAGGGCUAAUGCCAAGGGAAUGCAAAGUCUCCUACUUAGGCAAUGA